AUGGACUUGAGGGUCAAGAUUCUAGGCAAAGGGCAGCGACAGAGACGGGGGCGCCACUCGGCACCUUUCCUCUUUAGGCACCUCCAGGUCCCAGGAAGACGAGUCGCCCCUCUCCCAGGCGGCACAUCCAUCCCCCUGUGGGCUUGUCUCCCCCACAGACCACACUCUGCAGUUCCUCACAGACCUGUCGAGUCCGCCAGAAGCCGGACCAUGAGCAUCCUCCAUCCAUCCAUCACCGUAGUCAGGUCCCUCCGAGAAGCCCUCCACAGUCACCUCCCGGACAACGUCCACCAGCUCAUCUCAGGCGAAACGUGCAUCUCGCUCACCAGCGUGUCCGACUGGGAAAACAUCCUGGUGUCCGAGUUUCAGUCCAAAGACGACGUUGUGGACGCCUUGAUCUGCACCUCCUUCAUCCCUUACUUCUGUGGCUUAAUCCCUGCGACCUUCAGAGGCGUGCGGUACGUGGAUGGAGUAUUUACUAACAGCGUACCCUGCUUUGAUGACAAGACGACCAUCACUGAGUCCCCGUUCCUUGAGGAGCAUGACAUCUAUCCUAAGGUCAAGUCCACGAACUUCCUGUAUAUGGACGUGUCGAAGAUCAGUCUCCGCUUCUGCUUAGAGAACGUCCGGCUGAUAAGGCAGAUGGUGUUCCCCCCGGAUGUCAAGGUGCUUGCAGAGUUAUUCCUACGAGGGUAUUUAGACGUAGUCAGGUUCUUGGAAGAAAACGGCAUCUGUGACAGGCCCCGUCUGAGCCCGAGUGUGCCCUUGGCAGCGCCCGAGUUCCUUCCAUUCUCCUGGGAAACCCCGAGCCCCGAGGCUUCCCCGGGGGCGGCUGCCUGGCAGGGGAGGCCCGAGGUGGCCAAGCUGCUGGCCCACCUGCGUGUCAGCCUCCGGCCCUGGGACGAGAGCAUCCUGGAGACCCUGUCGCCCAAGCUCAUUGCGGGCCUGAGUGAGGCACUUAGACCCCGAGGUGGCUGCUUGAGCAAGAUUUGCAGCUUCCUACCGGUGAAGGUCAUAUGUUAUGUGAUGCUGCCCUAUACGCUGCCCGUGGAGUCCCCACUUGUUGUGGCCCAGAGGUGAGCCUUGUGGGCGGCUUCGUCUGCGCUGGGAUCCUGGGCAUGUGCAUUACUCGCUUUCUUCAGAUGGACUUGGCUU